AUGGCGGCGGCCUUCGUGCAGCGGAGCCCCGAAUGCGGGAACUGGGCCGCGCGAGGGUUCCCCGCGGCCGCGCCCCUGGAGCCCCACAGAGGCCAUUGCCGCUUCCCGGAAGCGCGCGGCGCUCGCCCGCCCGGGCGCGUCGCCAUGGGCUUCCGGUGGUAUGGCCUCGCCUGGACUGCUCAUGUCUUCACCGCCAGUAGUGCCCUGGACGUCUUGGUGAUAGUUUUGUAGGUGUUGGUCCUGGGCAUCGCGCUGUGGGCUGUAUUGUCAAGCAGUCGUGGGACAGUAGAAGACUUCUUCCUGGCUGGCUGAAAUCUAGCAUGGUGGCAGAUAGGUGCUUUUCUUUUUGCCUCGAAUAUUGGCACUGGGCACUUUAUGGGCCUGGCUGGAACGGGGGUGUCUUCAGGGAUUGCUGUUGGGGCCUUCGAGUGGAAUGCUCCAUUUAUGCUCUGUGUUUUUGGUUGGGUAUUUUCUCCCAUUUACAUUAAGGCUGGGGUAGUAACAUUGCCCAAAUAUUUGAGGAAGAGGUUUGGUGGCUACUGGAACCAGUUCCUCCUCACUAUUCUGUACUUAUUCCUUUAUAUCUUCAGUAAGAUCUCGGUGGAGAUCUGCACUGGCGCCAUGUUCAUGAGGCUGGUUUUGGGGUUGGAUGUUUACCUGGCCACCGUAGUCUUGCUGUCAGAUGGCAUUUAUGGCAUCACAGGUGGUUUUGCGGCUGCAGUUUAUACUGAUAUCUUACAUGCUGGCGUUGUGGUUCUGGGCUCAGUCUUGUUAAUGGGCUAUGCGUUUAAGGAGGUGGGAGGAUACCAGGAACUACAGCAUAAGUACAUGGAUGCUAAGCCCACCCUCAUCUGUGAAGGAAACUGGACCGCCCAGCCAGAAUGCUUCAUUCCUCGUCUGGAUUCUUUCCAUAUCUUCCGAGAUCCCACCACUGCAGACAUCCCCUGGCCUGGAGUCAUCUUUGGCAUCUCCACCCUCUCCUUGUACUACUGGUGCACUGACCAGAUUUUUGUCCAGGGCUGCCUGGCAGGGAAGAACGUGUCUCAUGUGAAAGGCGGCUGUGUCUUGUGUGGGUACUUGAAGCUGCUGCCCAUCAGCAUAGUGAUGCCAGGGAUGAUCAGCCGCGUCCUGUACACAGAUAAAGUGGCGUGUGUUGUACCUUCAGAGUGUGAAAAGUACUGUGGCGCCAGAACUGGCUGCAGCCCUCUCGCCUACCCCAUGCUGGUGGUGGAGCUGCUGCCCAGUGGUGUUCGAGGCUUGAUGGUGUCCGCACUCUGGGCCUCUCCCACGUCCUCCCUGACUUCUCUUUUCAGCGGUGCCAGUGCCGUGUUCACAAUGGACAUCUACACCCAGAUACAGCUGAUGGCCACUGAAAAUGAACUCAUGCUAACAGGAAGGUUUUUUGAUAUAAUCUUACUUGCUGUCUCCAUUGCAUGGGUCCCUGCUAUACAAAUGGCACACAGGGAACAACUAUUUGAAUACAUGCAAGCAGUUUUAAGUUACCUGAUGCCGCCCAUUGCUGCCAUCUUCCUGCUUGCCAUAUUUUGCAAGAGAAUCACUGAGCAGGGUGCCUUCUGGAGGCUGACUGGUGGACUUCUGAUUGGCUUCUGCCGCAUGGUGUCCAAGUUUGCCUACGGGGCCUGGAGCUGCUCGACAAACAGCAGGUGCUCUCGGAUCAUCUGCGGCGUGCACUACCUCUACUUUGCCGUCAUCCUCUUCACCAUCAGUCUUUUCACCGUCCUGGGGAUCUCCUUGUUCACAGACCCGAUUCCAGAUAAACAUCUACGCCGCCUCUGUUGGAGUUUGUGGAACAGCCAAGAGGAAAGGGUCGAUCUGGACAAAGACACACAAGGGAAGAGCCCCGCACCGCAGGCACGGCCAGACAUAUUUGAGGAGGUCAGGAGCUGCCUCUGGAAGGCCUGGGAUGUGUUCUGCGGACUGGAGCCACUGCCAGGCCCCAGACUCGCCCCGGAAGAGGCAGUCAUGCAGAAGAUGGAGUGUGGUGACACGGAAGGGACACAGCACAGUGCCACUUCUGAAGGGACAGAGAAGCGUGACAUGCUGGAAGGAACAAAGCUCCGAGACAUGCCAGAGAUAUCCCACUGGAGAAAAGUGCCCAACGUCUGCGGGUUCCUCUUGGUAUCGCUCACAGUGCUCUGCCACUUCUACUUCUAG